AGUGUGAUGUUCAGGGUCAGAAAUGCCUUAUGUGGAUCGUCAGAAUCGCAUUUGUGGUUUCCUAGAUAUUGAAGAAAAUGAGAAUAGUGGAAAGUUUCUGCGGCGGUACUUUAUUCUGGACACACGAGAAGACAGCCUGGUGUGGUAUAUGGAUAACCCACAGAACCUUCCCUCUGGAUCUCCACCUGUUGGGGUCAUUAAACUUACCUAUAUUUCCAAGGUUAGCGAUGCAACUAAGCUAAGGCCAAAGGCAGAAUUCUGUUUUGUUAUGAAUGCAGGGAUGAGAAAAUACUUUCUACAAGCCAAUGAUCAGCAGGACCUAGUUGAAUGGGUAAAUGUCCUGAACAAAGCUACCAAAAUCACAGUACCAAAGCAGUCUGAUCCUCUCUGUCAGAUGGAUAAUGCAAAUCGUCAAGCUGAAAGCCCAGGUGGAAAGAAGCAAGUCUCUUACAGGACAGAAAUUGUCGGUGGAGUUCCUAUCAUCACACCUACGCAGAAAGAAGAAAUCAGUGAGGGCAGCGAAGGGGCUGAUAGAAAUUAUUUGAAGCGAUCGCAAAGUCACCUUCCGUAUUUUACUGCUAAGCACCCCCCAGAUAAUGCUAUUAUCAAAGCUGGUUACUGUGUGAAACAAGGAGCAGUGAUGAAGAACUGGAAGAGAAGAUACUUUCAGUUAGAUGAAAACACAAUAGGAUAUUUCAAGUCUGAACUGGAGAAGGAACCUCUCAGGGUUAUACCACUUAAGGAGGUUCAUAAAGUUCAGGAAUGCAAACAAAGUGAUAUAAUGAUGAGAGACAAUCUCUUUGAAAUUGUAACGACUUCUCGAACCUUUUAUGUACAGGCGGACAGUCCAGAAGACAUGCACAGUUGGAUAAAAGCAAUUUCUGGGGCCAUCGUAGCACAGCGGGGACCUGGAAGAUCAGCAGCUUCCGAGCAUCCCGAGUCUUCUUCCGAACCCAACCAUGCUCUCCGUUCUGCCGUCCCAGCCCCAGCCGCCUCACAUUCCGCAGCCGCUCACGGCAGCCCUCUGGUCCCAAACCCUCACGCCAAACACCCUGCCGUGGAGAAGCGAGGAUUUCACGACUCUUUUACCAAGGCCAAGCCAGGGAGCUACAAGAUCCAGGUUGUCGCUCCAAGAGAAUCAGCUUCCAAAGUGACUGAGAGGGGCCUCUCAGAACCCCAAAGUAAAAACGGCGCUCAGGAACAGGAUCCUGGCCUGGUGGAUCUGGAUGAUGCAAGCCUUCCAGUUAGUGACGUGUAGUGAUGGAAGCGUUUGGAGAAUGAUCCAUUUGUUCGGUCCUUUAAUUUCCUUGCUCGGACUUUGAACCAAAGAAAAUUAUAGGAAAUGAGAACAAAAA